AGAAUAUUUGCCUUACUUUUGGUGAGCAUGGACGCUGUUAACUGGGAUCAGAUCUUGAUGCGCUCAGUGACUUUGAAAUACAAGGAGAGGAGAAAAUUUAUCAAAAAGACCAAGCGAAAAAUCAAACGCAGAAUCGCAGCUGCGGAGACUUCAAAAAGGUGCGAUAUUUCUGGCACUGACAUUGGUACACUAGAUUCUUUUGAAACAACUCCGGAGGAAAACGGUAACCAUAAAACUUUAAUUCAUCAUCAAUUUAACCUCGUUCCUACAUUAGAGAUUAUAGCUGCAGAUCCCACUUUCUUGAAGGCCAUAAAUGAUGUACUUGCUGUAACUUUGCCAGUUAUAAAUAAUAACUCUGACUUAAAGGAUGAAGGUACUGAAUAUGUUGAAACGCUGCAAACUGAAAAUAGUAGUAUAGCAGAAACUGUAUUGGUGUCAAAUUCUGAUGCGGAAUUAAAGGAGAAAGAAAUUUCUCAGUUUCUGGACUCUCUAGAUGCUGAAAUUGAGCAGUGGCACAACCCUUAUUUAACUGAUGAUGCAAAGCGAUCGGAUCAACAAGUAACACUACCUACAACCUCAUUUAAUAAUCCCAAAACUUCUGCACCCAGUAUUUCAGAUGACAGCAAACUUAACUGUGAUAAAAGAGAGCCGUGUUAUUUCUUUGAGCGGGUAGGAGCAUGUAGGUUUGGGGACAGUUGUUCAAAGUUGCACGAAAAACCUACUAGCAGUCGUACACUGCUACUGCCUUCUAUGUUCAAUACAUUUGCGUUUGACAUUGCUUCUAGGGCAAGCAGAUCGAAUGUGCAUGGGGAUAGCAGUGAUUUGGCAUUGGAACACAGUGAUGAAGACCUGUAUGAGGACUUUGAGGUGUUUUAUGAUGAUGUAUUUCCAGAGUUUAACAAGUUUGGUCAUGUGGAACAGCUAAAAGUCUGUUGUAACAGAGACCAACAUUUGCGCGGAAAUGUUUAUGUACAGUAUGCCACAGUUUCUCAAGCUGAAACUGCCUUUCAAAGCUUGAAUGGUCGUUUUUAUGGUGGUAAACUGCUGCAGUGCAUGUAUGUUACUAUUUUAAGUUGGUCUUCUGCCAUAUGUGGCUUGUAUUGUACAGGUCGACCAUGCCCACGUGGCGGACAUUGCAAUUUUCUUCAUGUAUUUGCUGAUAAAAGGUCAAACGAUAGAAGUGGUAGUUGUACAAGAGGCAGAAAGGGUCUUUAUAAAAACAAAAGACUUUCCUUCAGAAUUUCAAGACCUUUACCUAGAAUCGAGUCCGAAAGAUCUGCAAGACACAGUCCUGACCAUAACAAGUCUUCAAAAUAUGAAUCUUCUAAUGAAAAUGAGCGCAGGUCACACAAACCAUUUAAAAAAAGCCACAAAAAGCAUAAGAAGAGAAAACCUGAAGACACCACUUCACCAAAACACAAGUCGAAAAAGAAAAAAAAGUCAAAACUUAGAUCACCUUAAUGGAUAAAAGCUUCAGGUUGUUUUUCUAUUUUUUAACAGCAAAAAGCAUAAAACUUUGUUUUUUAAAUGUUCUUUAAAUAUUGCAUAACAUAAGUUACAUACCCAGGUUUAGAAAUAUAAUAUGCAAGGCUUCUAAACCUACAUACCACACCCGUUAAUCUCAUCGCUUACAAAUUGUUUAUAAAUAUUUAUUUGCCACGCCUACCAUGCAUAUAUACUUAUGGAGGUCAGUUAUAACGCUGAACCAUUUAUUUUUCCAUGGUAAACAACUGUGGCCCCUUUUUUUGUUUGCCAAGUGCGUGUACCAAGUUUUACUACUAAGGAUGUCUCUUUUAUCAUAGAAAACAGCCAAUGUUUUAGUACUUUUCUCUCUGUCACCGUGAACUUAGCUUUUUCAUAGCCUUUAAAAUUAAAUGCCUGUUAACUGCUAUAAGCAAAAACCUAAAUACAGAUAGACUUUGACCUCCUGUAGUUAGGAUAUUAUAUAGAAAUCUUUUAAUCUCUCUGUUUUUAUCCAGACACU